ACAGCCAGUAGCGGCUCCGGGCCCGCCUGUCAUACGAAGCCGAGUCCCGCGCUGGUUUCUCGUUAACUAAUAAGCCCUCACCGCGCGCGAGGGUGGAGUAGACGCAAUCCCACGCGAAUCCCAUCGGAUCGAGUCCAUCAGCACGCCGAAGAAUAAACCGUCGUCGAGGAGGAAGUAGGGGGCCGCGAGGUGGACUUCAGGAUGCAGGCGCAGAGGUCCCCGGCGAUGGCGGGAGGUGGCGGCGCCGCCACGGCGGUGGCGGCUGGGGCGGCGGUUGGGAUGCCGUCCCAGGCCACGCUGCCGGUGCGGCGGCGGUGCGAGGGCACGGCCAUGGGAGCCAUCACGCUUGACCUCCGCCCCGGGCUCGGCGUCGGCCCCUUCACCCUCGGCAUGCCGAUAUCGGAUGCGUUUACACAGAUAGAGCGGCAGCCGAAUAUCUACGACGUUGUCCACGUGAAAUACUUCGACGAGGAGCCUCUCAAGCUGGACUUUGUCAUUAGCUUUCCGGACCAUGGAUUUCACCUACGCUUUGAUCCUUGGUCCCAGAGGCUCCGUCUCGUAGAGAUUUAUGAUGUUAAGAGAUUGCAAUUGCGAUAUGCGACAUCUUUAAUUGGUGGCCCGUCAACAUUAGCCACUUUUGCGGCUGUGUAUGCACUCUUUGGACCAACUUUCCCUGGCAUAUAUGACAAAGAGAGGGGAAUUUAUACGCUGUUCUACCCAGGUUUAUCCUUCGCAUUCCCUAUUCCCAGCCAGUAUACAAAUCUAUUCACUAAUGGAGAAGUGGCAGAUUUGCCACUGGAAUUCCCAGAUGGUACAACCCCUGUUACUUGUCGGGUUUGUAUAUAUGAUAGCUCGACAGAUAGCAAGGUUGGGGUUGGAUCUUUGAUGGACAAAGCAAUGGUACCUGCACUGCCUGCAGGCAGCCUGUAUAUGGAGGAGGUGCACGCGAAGCUUGGUGAAGAACUUUGGUUCACAAUAGGGGGGCAACAUAUUCCUUUUGGUGCAUCACCACAGGAUGUCUGGACUGACUUGGGUCGUCCUUGUGGUAUCCAUCAGAAGCAGGUGGACCAAAUGGUCAUACACUCCGCAUCAGAAGCCAGGCCUCGGACGACCCUUUGUGGAGAUUACUUUUACAACUACUUCUCACGUGGAAUUGAUAUCUUAUUUAAUGGACAGACACAUAGGAUAAAGAAGUUUGUUUUGCAUACAAACUUCCCUGGCCACUCAGAUUUCAAUUCAUAUAAGAAAUGCAACUUUGUUAUAUACGACGCUGAAGCUGAAGGUACAUGUCAGCCUAAUAAUGCCUCAAAAAAUUGCAUAACACCUAGUACAAAAUGGGAACAAGUCAAGGAGAUCCUCGGUGACUGUGGCCGAGCUGCAAUCCAGACACAAGGCUCCAUGAACAAUCCAUUUGGAUCAACUUUUGUAUAUGGUUAUCAGAAUAUCGCUUUCGAGGUGAUGAAAAACGGAUAUAUUGCAACUGUCACCCUCUUCCAAUCAUGAGUCUUCCAUUUUGACAGUGUGCCACUACAUGUGCUGCUGCUCUGAGCUCUGGCUGCAACAAUGAUGGUUAACCUGCAGAAAGGAAGUAUGCCGUACUUUUGUGCUUCAGCAGCAGCAAUUUCGAGUCGAAGCCAACUCUAUGGGGCCUGGUGACGGUGCUUGGUUUAUGGAAUGGGAUGCAGCUGCGCAGUCGAUAUGGAUCAGCACCGUGACUUGUAUUUGUGCUGUACAUCCCGGCCGUUGUACAUGAACUAACUGUACCCUGUGACCUCACCUUGUGUACAUAAAUGGUCUUUAUUUAUUGGAAAAGAAAAUGUACAUACUGCCAUGUGGUCGCCUAAUGGAACUGUGCUAGCUAAACAUCUCAUGUGGGUACUGAUAUGAUUUGUCCAGUAGUUUGAUAUUGGUUCCAGUC